CUCAAGAUUUGCGGGCUUCCUUAGCAACCGCCCUUCGAUACGAACUGUGAAGGAUCUUAGCAACCGCUCUUCCAUACGAACUGUGAAGGAAGCGAAGCGUCCCUGGCUCCGAGACAACAGCAACAUGGAGCCUCAGGAGCCAACUUCUCCCGCAGACGAGGCAGAUGUAAACAGAUUUCAGAGGACUGAGUCAUGGUUCCAUCUCCCAGCAGAAGAGGACAGGAGUCAGUUCCUGGGUCUGGAAUUUCAGGACAGUCGUCUGUCACCUGCCCUUGCUCUGCUACCAGAGUAUGACUUCUCGGGAUACUCUCUCUUCCAACAAACAACAGACUUAGAGUUUGCCCCUUUAAGGGGGUCUCCAGACGUGUCUGUAGCCUCCGAGAGGUUUCUGAUACCACAGGCCAAGAAGGGCAGCAGUGGCGUUGUCCAGCCGUCUGUCCCUCAGCAUUCCUCUCUGUCCCAGCAUCCUCUGGCCUACAACUCCACCCUGUCUGAGCACCCUCUCGGUCACACCUCCACCCUGUCUCGGUCAGAGGAGAGGGCCAGUAGCUGCUGCUCGCUCUCCGAACACAGCAUGUCCCCUGGUGACGGGUUGGGACAACCAGGGGAGGACCGCUACCCAACCACCGUCAGUGAUAACGAGGGGCAGAAGACUCAUCGUUCUGGGACACGUACCAGUCUCCUUGACCCAGACAGACCUCUGGCCGUGCUCCCUGACGACAACGCUUCGUUCCUCAGCGGGGACAUCCCUGUCAGAAAGCUGCUGGAUCUGCUCCAGAAGGACGUUGGCAUGCCCAGCGGUAGCAGCAGUGCCGUCUCCUCUGCCUCUGAGACCUCUCUCAAGAGGACUAACUUCUUUGGGGGAGAAUCCAGGAGUGACAGCUGUGUUUCCAAACCAGAUGGCUUGAGAGAAGAGAGGGAUGUGAGCCAAAGAGCGCUGCCUGACGUCUCACCUGAGCUGCUGCCUGACGUCUCACCUGAGCUGCUGCCUGACGUCUCACCUGAGCUGCUGCCUGACGUCUCACCGCCAGUCACAGGGAGAAGAGAAGGCCCUCAAGGAGGAGCCUCCGUCUCACCUGAGAAGACGGAGAAACUCAAAAGUAAACAGUCUUCACGGAUGUCUGAAAUUUCCAACAUCACCAUCCGUUCCCUGAGCAGCCAGCCGGAUGAAAGCAGUAAUGCGUCCCGCAGGCAGCUCUGCUCGGAGCUAGAGAGGAGUCUGGACUCUGAGCCUGGAGCAGAGACCCAGGGAGGUACCAGCCGUGGGCCCAUACCCUCCUUACACAGUGAAGUCAACACACCUGACAUUGUCACCAAUACACCUAAUGUUUCAACCACUGGAUCCGCCAAAGGGAGGUUGAGCGUGACCAGAGGGCUACGGGCCAGUGUGUUAGGGCCAGGGGCUGGGGUCGGGCCCCAGUUUUCAGCAGGGUUCAGUGUGGAGCGAGGCCAUAGGGAGAGAGACCUCUGGUCCUCAGGCAACCAGACAGGCACAGAACCAGACGUCUCGUUCCUGAGCCUUCUGCCCCAGCCCGUGUCCCAGUCCACCCCAGGUGUGUUCCUCCACGCUCCAGUCAGAUCCAGCACUAAGCUGUCUGCCCUCACCUUUAACAUGGAGGUCUCUCAGCGCUCCUCAGGCUCCAGAGUCUCGCCCCAGCCUGCUGUAGACACCCUGCCUGAUAGAGCCACCCCUGUCCGGGACCCCCCUCUGCCUGCCAGAGAGACAGUACAGGAGCCCUCGGGAAGAAGCCACCAUUCUCUCCCCAGUCUUAACUACCUACAGAAGGUUGAUGCCUGGAAGGCCAACCAAAGUUCAAACAAGAUGUCGUUCUAUGACAACUUGUCUCUUCAGGGCUUCUCCGGGGUCUCUCCCAAGCAGAAGGCCUACGAUGCAGUCUCUGACUCUCUGACCCGUAUGUUGACUCAACCACGGCUGGGCAACCAGACCCUCAGCAUGUGUGAAUCUGGACCCUCCUCCCCUAGCAGAGGGGAGGCAGCAGGUAGUGGUCUUCCUGAGAGAGAGGACACAGCGGGGCCUGUAGGAGGGCCAUCCCCCAUGGGCAGGUCUCAGUCCCACUCCUCCCUCAACACAGUGGUCACGUCUAUCCAGAGAGCUCAGCAUGCACAGACACACACUGACCAGGACAGCAGCCAGACACAGCCAGAGGAGGAGAGUGCUACAGGGCAGCCCAGGGAGUUGGAGAGGAGCCGGGGAGGGUCAGGGUCAGACAGGGUUCAGUCAGGAGGUGGACCUGAACAGCCCAGUGGUGCUCCAACCGAGCCCUCUCCCUUCAUCAGCCUGGGACGCUUCAAUAACGUGUCAUCAAAGCGAGACGUCCUCUCCAGCUCCCGGGACAGUGACCACAGCGGGCAGAACUUUGAGGUGCCCAUCAGGGCUGCUUCUUCUUCUGUGGUCAGUCUGGAGGUGGAUAACUAUGCCCCGUACUGGACCUCCAAACCAUCCUCACCACACAGGGAGAGGGAGCUCAACAUUGACGAAAGGAUUCCGAUGUACCUUCACAACCUUGGGAUCGACCAAUCUCCUUCUACGAUCCUCAAUCCCUUUGGACCUCGAGGGCCAAUCAGAGAGCCAGAGUUCUCUCCCACUGAUCUGUGCACCAUAAAGGGAUCCACAGCCACUGGCACGCCAACCAAGAGCACACAGCCUUCUGAAGGCGACAGCCCUCAUAAAGGAGAGUUCUCCAGGUCCAGCCUGCUGUCUGUGGCCUCAAGCAUGUCUCUACCUCUCAGUGUGGACAGCCUCCAUCUCCAUCCCAUAAGGAGCCAGGCAGAGAACACCAGGAGCUGCCUGUCCCCCUCUCCGGGACCAGACAGAGACAGGUCUCCCAGCCAGGGCAGUCUGAGGAUGGCCCUCUGCCCCCUGGAUAUCUCAGUGGAUAACACAGUGCUCCAGGACUCCCAGCAGGAUCCUCGCUGCCUCCAAGCAUCCUCCCCUGCACCACAGUCCACCCAGCCCCUUGACCUCCACAUCUACCAGCUCCCUGCACCAGAGUCCAAAAAUAAAAAGUACCCUGGCUUGCUUCCGGACCUACAGUCCACUGAGCAACAUCAGAGAGACAGCAGAGUGAAUGUCUCUACCCAGGCUGCUAUAGAGCUGGCAGGGGGGCUUGAGUCCAGUGCUGACAGCUUAUCUCAGUACAGAGACAGGGUCAAAAACAGCUUAUCUCACUACAAAGAUGAAGACAGAGACAGUUUAUACAGGAACAGAGACAUGGACAGAGACGUCUUGUCUCAGUACAGAGACAGUGCAGUAGCGUCCUGUCCCCAGGUUAACACCACCAUUGAUCGUAGUAAUCCUGAUGAUUCCUUCGUAGGCUCCCAGACUCUGCAGGACAUUAGGCUUCUGCUGGGCCGGGCUGAAAACAUUGUGUCUGGUGGGUCCUCCUCCUCUAGCGCCUCCUCCCACCUCCUCCACUCUGACGACGACAUCCUGCUCCUCUCUCUCAGGAGGAAGAUGGAGGUAUUCCAGGACUCCUCCUUCACCUCCUCCUCUGGUGGGGCCGGGGUGGGGGACCCAAGGAGUCACUCCUCCUUGCUUUGGGCCCGCUCCUCCUCUGACUCCAUGCUGCCGGCAGUUAGGAAGAGGGAUAAGGAGAGGGAGAGCUCUGCCUACAACGGGGAAGGUCAUGUCAGGCUAACCAGAGAAGCAGAGCAUCAGUCCACACCCGCCAGAGAGGAGUCUGCGAGACUACUACAGGACAGAGAGCAUCAUGGAAGACCAAGGGACAGUUCUGAAGACGGAGAGCAUCAUGGAAGACCAGGUGACAGUUCUGAAGACAGAGAGCAUCAUGGGAGAUCACAUGACAGUUCUGAAGACCAAGAGCAUCAUGGGAGAUCACAUGACAGUUCUGAAGACAGAGAGCAUUAUGGGAGACCACCACAGGACAGUUCUGAGCACAGAGAGCAUUAUGGGAGACCACCACAGGACAGUUCUGAGCACAGAGAGCAUUAUGGGAGACCACCACAGGACAUCUCUGGCAGUAGCUCUACUUUCCUCCUGACCAAAUCUGUGCGGAGGGCGGAGCCUGAGGGCUGCAGUGCUGGCCUCUCGGACACGCGGAUUGGCCCUGUGCUGUUGUCAGUUAUGCCGGUCAGCCAACCUGGUCCCUCAUUGGGUGAUGCUGGCGUUGGCAAGCUGCAGCAGGCUCCAACAACAACAGUGGGAGGAGGAGACCCAGAAGUGCAGAUGGCUCCAGAAGAGGGAAGCUCUUCGUCCUCUUCGUCCUCCUGUCCCGUGGGCUCUGAGCAGGGGUGUGGAGGUCUGUCUGAGCCGGCCCACGGUGGGGAUCAGGGUGGAGAUGCUCUGAGUGAUGGUGGCAGCAGCAGCAGUUCUCUAGCAGCCAGGGUAGCCAGGCUGCUCCAGAAUGAGUCCCCAGCCACGGUGGCGUCCCUGUCCAGCCGAGCCAGUACCGCCACAGCAGACCUGGAGGAAAGCAGAGCCAGAGAGUGGCUGAGGCUGAAGGUGUCGGGGCAGCACUGUGAAACUCUGGAGCUCAACACGGAGGAUAGACAACGCAUAGAGGAGAUCAAGAGAGAGAUACUCUUUAAACACCCACUACAGAACCCGAGGAGCACGGACACGGACAGCAGUACUGCGUCCAGCCUUGUAGGUCCAGGGGGCCAGCCUCCCUCCCUACCCCAGCCUGAGGAGCAGUUGGUUGGGGAGAAGAAGCAGUUCAGGGCCCUGAAGGCAGCAGAGGACUGUCUGUCCCACCAGCUACAGCAGCUGAGCAGGAACCCGUUUGACGACAGCGUUGAGCUGCGUACCCCUCUAAGGCAGGACCUAGAGGACCGGGUCAGACAGAUCGCCCUCCGAGAGGGGUUAUACGUCCUCCCUAGAACGCACCCUCCACCCCUCACCUCCAUCACCAUUGCCACCUCCCGCCGCUCCCCCCUCCCCGAGCCUCUACAGGUGUCCCAGUUCACCUUAGAAGGUGUCUCCCAACCCACAGUGCAGGGGUGGCUACCUCAGACACGGCCCCAGCAGCAGGGGAGGGAGAGCACCACCACCUCGACACACUGCUCCAUGUCCAGAGACACAUCCACCAUGACUGGAUCACAGGCCAACAGCAGCAGUCUGUACCCCAGAGACAGAAAGACACGCCUGGGCCAGGAGCCGGGACAGGAGCCGGGACAGGAGCCGGGACAGGAGCCGGGACAGGAGCAGCUGCCUGGUAGAGACCAAGAGAACCCCUUUACUGGUCCUCCCCACUCUGCAGCUCCUCUCCCUCUGACCCCAGUCAUGUACGGGCAGAUUUCCCGGGCUCACCCCGACGAAGGACGUCCUGGGUCCAUCAUGGGUUCUGGAGCAGACUGGGUCUCUGGAGCUUGGACCACCAGGACAGGUCAGGUCUCCCACCUCCACAUCACCCUCUCCCCUGGUCCGAAAGGGGCUGAAGAGAGGUCCCGGAGACUUCUGUCCUUUGCUCCUGUCAGACACUCCUCUGCCGUCUCCAGCAGUGUUGACGAAGACGAGAGCCUAGGUUACGCCCCCGAUCCUGCUCCGGCCAAUAAGACGGGGUCGCAGGAGAACAGAGGGCCAAUUUGGAGACAGGGGCAGGAGACGGCCGACGCCUCAGUCCAGAUCACCACGGCAACGGCAACCUCCACCUUCCCACAAUGCUUCACACCUCCCCAGAGGCUGACUGGUACCGGCCCGUCUAGGCAGGCGGCGCUGACAGUUCUGUUGCCGUAUAAACCACACGGUAGUGAGGAGAUGUUCUACGUACCCCAGACGCAUCCUGAGCCACAGCUUUCCCCCAUACGAUCUGACUCCACCAUGGAGAGUUCCCACCCAGGCUCGGACGACGCGGUGCCCCCUCGCUUCAACAUAGAGAUCCUGGGGUCACGAGGGCAGCAGGUGGACCAGGUGGUGGACAGAGGGGUAAACAUCAAACACACAGAGGGUAUCUACAGCAAGAGACAAAGACUGGGAGAAAACUACAGUAUGGAGAGGACAGGUACCACCGUGCCAAACGAUGAAGGCCAACCAUUGGUUGACCAGCGUACUCCACAGUCAAAAUGCUUCUCUCAUGUCACAGGAGGGUUAACCAGAGUACCUGCUAUACCAAUCACAACCACUAGAGGACCUGCUGUACCAACCACCACCACUAGAGGUCCUGCUAUACCAAUCACCACCACUAUAGGACCUGCUGUACCAAUCACCACCACUAUAGGACCUGCUGUACCAACCACCACCACUAGAGGACCUGCUGUACCAACCACCACCACUAGAGGACCUGCUAUACCAAUCACCACCACUAUAGGACCUGCUGUACCAAUCACCACCACUAUAGGACCUGCUGUACCAACCACCACCACUAGAGGACCUGCUGUACCAACCACCACCACUAGAGGACCUGCUAUACCAAUCACCACCACUAGAGGACCUGCUAUACCAACCACCACCACUAGAGGACCUGCUAUACCAACCACCACCACUAGAGGACCUGCUAUACCAACCACCACCACUAGAGGACCUGCUAUACCAACCACCACCACUAGAGGACCUGCUAUACCAACCACCACCACUAGAGGACCUGCUAUACCAAUCACCACCACUAGAGGACCUGCUAUACCAACCACCACCACUAGAGGACCUGCUAUACCAACCACCACCACUAGAGGACCUGCUAUACCAACCACCACCACUAGAGGACCAUCUGCGGCCAUGAGAGACCAUGGAACCUCAAUCACCACCUCCACACACACCCAGGGUGUCCCAGACACAGACCACCCUGUCCAGCCCUCCCUACGCUGCAGCCUGGGGGUGGGGGAAGAGGAGCUGGAGGUGUUUCAGCCUCUGCAUGUAGAGAUGGACUAUAGUUCCAUGGACCUCCACCAUCACUUCCCCAAAACCCACCAUCUCCACAUGGACCACCAGAUCUCCAACGCUCACCUUGUCCGAACCUCAGCCCCUCACCCAGGGAUGGAGCGAGAGCCGGGGAGGCGGGACCACAGUCUAGCCCAGCGGAGUGGCAGCACUCUGGACCAACUGUGGCGCAGGUUCAGUGAGAGGUGGAGCCUGGAGGAGGCCCGGCCCACCAAUGAGAGAGAGGCGUCCCUGCUGGAGCGGCUGGAGCGUCUGUCCCGCCUCAUCCACAGCACCGGGACCUCCACCCCGCCAGAGCCAACGCAGCAGACUGAUACCACAGAACAAGAGGGAGGAGGGAGGAGAAGAGAACGAAAGAGUAGUAGGAAGGAGGAAGAGAGGAGAAGAGGAGGUGUGGAGGAAGGGAGGAGUAGGAGAGAGGAGAGCAGCAGUGGCCGGAGCGAUCCCCAUGCUAAAGCUAACCAGGCUAAGGCUAGUGUUCCCCGCCAGGCCUGGGAGCAGCAGGAUGAGGAGCCCCAGCCCGCAGAGGGGGAGGACAGCUCUAGCCCCUCCCAUGGUCCGGCCCACAGCUUUAGCCCCUCCCACCUCCCGGCCCGCAGCCAAUACCUGUGUCCAGCAGAGAGAGAGAGGUCUGGGAGCGUCUCAGGGGAGACCAGCAGCUCCAUGUCAACAAUAGACACAGCCCGACUGGUGAGGGCCUUCGGAGCCCACAGGGUCAGAGGGCUGAAUACACAAGGGACCAGCCACAGGACCAAUCACAGGACCAGUCACAGCCUUAGUAAACUGUACAGCACCAUCCUCCAGCAGAGGCAGAGCAAGGAGCAGAGGAGAGGGAGGCCCAGAGAGACUCCUCAUAUCCCUCCAGUCCCCUCAGAGUCUACUGGCACUGAUAACUCUGUAAUUCCAGCUGACUCUGCAUCUUCAACCAGCACCUACACCCUCCCCUCGCAUCGUGGCCCCUCCCACUCCAAGAAGGCAGUCAAACAUGUCAACAAAGGCGUACAGGCAGGGGACCUGGAGAUUGUGAGUAACGGAACACGUCGUCACACCCGAGACGUCGGCACAACGUUCCCCUCGCCAGGCUCAGCCAGGGGUGCCAGGGUGCUCCCCUCCUCACACUCUGGUAGCAAGAGGGUUAGAGCUGGGGACAGGAGCCCUCCUAAAACGCAGAGGAAGAGGAAGAUGAGCCAACCCUCUGCCAGGCCCUACUACCCUCAAGGUGUAUCGUGGUACAUCCCUGCUGAGGACCUGAGAGCUGAGGGCAGGAAGGAGAACAGGCCGGAGCAGCAGCCUCCCCAGGGCCCGGCCUGGUUUGAACCCUACAGCAGAACCACCCGGCCCUGGAGAGAACCGCUCAGACAGAGACAAAUACAGGACAGGGAGAGACUGACAGACAGACUACAGACCAAUCAGCUGGAGGCUGACCGCGACAGACCCAGUGAGAGGCAGCACACCAAGCACAGCAUCAUCACCCCUCCUGGGCCUGAACCCACUGGCAACGCCCCCGCCGCCCUGGUCCGCAUCUCUCUCCAGGAGGCUCUGGAGCUGCGUCGGCCAGAGUUUGUGUCUCGGUCUCGGGAGAGGGUGAAGCGUCUGGUGCUGCAGGUAGAGGAGAGGAAGCUGCAGGUCGUCUUCAGCAGAGAGAGAAACAAGCUCUUCAACCAACCCAGAAGACCAGGGAGACUGUCCCAACCCGCAGGCACAGCGGUGUUUCAAAGAGCCGUUCCCAAGAAGGAGAUGGUGCAACGAUCUAGACAACAGUCAGGUCAGGAACAGGAAGCAGGCUUUAACAACAGGGGGGCCAGGAGGAGGAGGAUAUAUGAGCAGCUGCCAGAGGUUCAGAGGAGGAGAGAGGAGGAGAAGAGGAGAGAGGAGUACCGCUCUUACAGACUCAACGCUCAGCUCUACAACAAGAGAAUCACCAACAGAGUCCUGGGCAGACAAACACCCUGGCAGUGAGCGCCACACCGAGGAGGACUUUUACACUUGAUUCCGUGUACGUGUGCUGUGGAAUAAAAUACAAUGUAGUUCAAUUGUUUACAUUUUCUAAUGUUUUAUUCCGAUCUGCUUCCAUUUUGUUCACCUUUUUUAACACAUUAUGAAGUGAAAAGUAAAUCAUUUGUCUGUUUCUAAAGAGACAGGGUCAUAAUUGGUGUGUAUUUAAAUACUUAUUAUUAUAGUUUUUUUAUGACCAAAAUAUAAAUAAACAUGCUUUCUACA